CAUGACCGAUCGAAAAAAUUCUCACCUGAAAAGCAUCUGUUGACCUCGAUAUUUCAUCCGCACAAAGAUUCAAAACGUCAAUCGUUCAUAGAUGAUGAAUUGGAAAUAAAAGAGAUUAUCGUGAUUGAAAUUGAAGAGCAUCGAAGUUUACAUUUACUGGAUCAAGAAGAUAAGGAAAUUUACGAGAGAAUAAAAUACUGGAUGAAAGAGAACCCAGAAGCAAGUCUGCUGGAUACGGUGAAUCAAUUUUCGUCCGAACCUAAUGGAGACGCUAUAGCAAAGAUCCUACAUAAUUUUCAAUUUCCGGACUAUAUACUAAAAUUUACACGUGAAGAACAUGAAAAACGGAGCGUAGAAAAGCAAACUAAAAGACGAAAUUUUGAGAGGUUAUUACUAAGAGCCGGUCUUGUAAUUGAAGUGGAAAAUGAUGCAGUAAACAAAGAAGACUUUUUUGUAAAGAUAUAUGCACCAUUUCAGAAGUUAUGUGAACAAGCACAACAGAUUAAAUUAAAGAUGAGAUUAAAUAUCAGGGAUUCGGUGGAUCUUGAUAUUAAUAUGAAAAAAGAACCAAGUUUUUAUUCAAGCAUCAGUAAACAUUUUACAUAUAAAAUAAAUCUUGAUAAACAAGCCGCAUUUUUCAGGGUGAGCAAAUUGAGACAAUUUGAAGGUGCCGAACCAGAAAAAUCAAUGGGAGAAAUAAUGCUGAAUUUUUUUUCCAUGUCACGAAGAAAUCUAAUG